ACAGGAGUUGAACUCUUUCAAAUAUUAAACACAAACCAUUUACACAAAAAGGGCUUGGAAAACAAGUCUCAAUGUUUCUGUAAUACUUAUAUCGUUGCUAAAUUUAUGUGACUGUCAGGAUGGCCUGCAAGCAGCCGACCUCCCAACAACUGGCGUACCUGGACGAGCUGAAGAUGCGCCUCCAGGAGCUCCGUAAGCGCCAAGAGACAUUUAUGGAGGAGACUGCCCAGAUAUUGCGGAACAUCAGCACUGAUCGGCCAGAUCCAUUAAUGGCAGCCCCGCCAUUGGCCCCCCUGGAGGUAGAUGACAAGGUUGACGAGCAGGAGUGCGUUGGUAAUAUCAAACAGUUGAUUCAGCGUUUCGAGGAUCUGCGUCAGACAUCCAGGCAGUUCAGCGACCAGCCCAUGCCCGAGGAGCUGGUCGGCGUUGAUGUGAGAAAGCUGCUUAAGGGCUAUGAGAGGCUGAUUGUGGAGGGUAACAUUCUGCAGAAGUCGUGGCUCCUGCUGAAGAAAACUACGGAAAGUUGUGCGCGUCAGGGCAACAGAGAUGAUCCACACUUGAACAAGACGAGCUCAAAACCCUCUUCUUUCGCAGAGCACACAGCCGGGCGACAGCAGAAAGUUCUUCCUAGUAUCAUCAAAUCAUCCAUCUCACUUCAAGACCCCAGUUUCGGUAUCGACUCGUCAGCCCAACAGGCGUAUAACAACAGAUCAAACUGGGCCAACCAGGACUAUGGCAAGGCCAACAAGCAGCGCCUGGGGGCUUUUCUCCAAUUGGUGCUUCGCAUAAAUCCGUUCAAUAGGUGUUCCAAGCGUAAAACCAUUGCAAACGCGGCUACUAGGCUGCCAUGUGCUUGGCAACGCCGACAUCCAGUGCAUAGGGAAGCUACCUCAAAAGGUAGUUCGCAUAAAUCCGUUUAACAGGUGAUACCAGGUGAUCAAGCGCCGCCGACAAGAUGAACAGGAGCAGCUGACAGGGCAACGGCAAAUCCUCCGUCAAAUAGAACUUAUGGUAUAAUAUUUUAAUAGAAUUUUUUGUUUUCCGAAAAUUCCAACCUGAAAAUAGUUGAUUAAACUGAACUCGCAACCAACGCAUAAAUCAAUAUCCACACCACA